AUUUGAGGUCAAUACUUUUACAACCUUUUUGUGUAGAACCACAAAUUUUAAAGUUUUUGUUUUUAUAGUGUUAUUGCUUUCUUAUUAGACCUUUUUUUUUCUUUGUUACGGAUUGUUCUUCUUCUUCAGAGCACACAAGCUCUGAGAUCCCAUCAAUAAAUGGCGGUAACAGAGUCCUCUGUUUAUUUACUCUAACAAGUCCUUUAAGGUUUUAAUAACCCAGUUUCAUGGGGGUUACUUCCUUGUAUCUAGCCCUGUUAUAGCAAGGAGCUCGUGAUCAUGAGUGGUACAGAGUUAGAUGAGCCUGGAAAGUUAAAACGUGCUGUCAUUGAUGCUUCUGCUGGUGGUGUUGCUGGUGCGAUUUCACGUAUGGUUACCUCUCCCCUUGAUGUUAUCAAGAUUAGAUUUCAGGUUCAGUUGGAGCCUACAGCUACAUGGGCUCUGAAAGAUUCUCAGCUGAAACCGAAGUACAAUGGUUUGUUUCGAACAACGAAGGAUAUCUUUAGAGAGGAAGGUUUAUCGGGUUUCUGGCGUGGAAAUGUUCCAGCUUUACUUAUGGUUGUGCCUUAUACAUCCAUACAAUUUGCAGUCUUACAUAAGGUGAAGUCUUUUGCCGCUGGUUCAUCAAAGGCCGAAAAUCAUGCUCAACUGAGCCCUUAUCUUUCUUACAUCAGUGGGGCACUAGCAGGGUGUGCAGCAACAGUUGGAUCGUAUCCGUUUGACCUAUUGCGGACUGUAUUGGCGUCCCAGGGUGAGCCAAAGGUGUAUCCAAAUAUGAGGUCAGCAUUUCUGAGUAUAGUGCAAACUCGUGGAAUCAAAGGGUUGUAUGCAGGAUUGUCCCCUACUCUGAUCGAGAUCAUUCCUUAUGCUGGUCUGCAGUUUGGCACCUAUGACACAUUUAAACGCUGGAGUAUGGUAUAUAAUAAGCGAUACCGAUCUUCUUCAUCAAGCUCAACGAAUCCAAGUGAUAGUCUUUCUAGCUUUCAGCUUUUCCUUUGCGGUUUAGCUUCGGGCACUGUUUCUAAACUAGUCUGUCAUCCGCUUGAUGUUGUCAAGAAAAGAUUCCAGGUCGAAGGUCUGCAACGUCACCCAAAAUAUGGAGCCCGAGUAGAGCUGAAUGCUUACAAGAACAUGUUUGACGGUUUAGGGCAGAUAUUAAGAUCUGAAGGUUGGCACGGGCUUUAUAAAGGCAUUGUUCCAUCAACCAUUAAAGCUGCACCUGCUGGUGCUGUAACAUUUGUGGCCUAUGAACUUGCAUCCGAUUGGUUUGAGGCAAAUUUGACCUGAACUUGUAAAAUUCUUCAAUUCUAUUUGUAAAUCUUAUUCUAUUUUGCUUUUGAGUAAUAAGUAAUAUAAGAUUCCAUCCUUCUCUGAACAGAGACCAAUAAUGCAAACUCUUUCUUACUAGGAACGGUAGAUUUUCACUAAAUCUAUUCAUUCAUAUCAGCAAAGUGUGUUACUG